GGAGAGGAAGAAGGGCAGGAGGAGGAUCAAACGGCAGCAGCUGCAGGACCGCCGCUGCCAUGCGGAGCGCGGAGGAGCGCGAGGAGGAGGAGGAGGCGGGGGCGGGCAGCAGCUCUGCGCGCGCCGCCGCCGCCUCCUCGUCCAUGAUGCCGGCCGGGCCGAGCCCCUACCAGCCCACCACGGAGCCCGUGCUGCUGCACCGCCGCGGAUGGGCGCCCGCCUGCGACCGCGCGUACGUGCGCUCGCCGCCCGGCCUCGUCAAGAUCGCGCAGACGUCGCUGGACCUGCUGACGUUCAUCGUCGCCAAGAGCGUGCCGGCGUGCUCGCGCUGCGGGGCCCUCUACCUCGUCGAGGCGGUCAGCUUCCUCGCGCUGCUCCUCACCGGCGCCCUGCUGCUGCUCUUCGCGCUCUCUCUGCACCUGCGCCUGCCCAACUUGAACUGGCCGCUGCUGGACGUGGUGAACACGGCCGUGUGGACGGCGCUGCUCUUCCUGGCGAGCGUGCUGCUGGCGGCACUGGGCGAUGGCGGCAGCGGUGCCCACGUGGCGGCCGUGACGCUGGGCUUUCUGGCGCUGGCUGCCUACGCCCUCAACGUGCUGCUCAUCCUGCGGCGGCGGCGACGGCACCGUCACGGUGGCGGCGCAACCGCCCUGGGGGUCGCAGGGGUCACGGCGCCCGGCCAAGAGGCCCCCUCUCUAUCCGCGGGUGACUACACGCGGGCGAGGAGCGACUGCGCGGACGACGCGGAGCGGCCGGGCGUCGCACCGUCGGCGUCAUCGCAGGACUGGGCCGUCGACGAUGAGGAGGUGGCCGUGGCGCCAGUCCCCACUGCACUGAAACUUUAAGAUGACCUCGAAAGAAUUGGGUGGCGCGGGGUACAACCCACCCCACCUGCCCCACCCCACCCGCCCCCACCCCACCCGUGCCCCCCACCCCAUCCCAAAAUUCAGAGGGUGUGGCGUGGGAUGGUGGCAGCACACCGGAGUAUCGCGACGACGAGUAUCCUGCCUCAGGGCUGGGUGGGACUCGCCAGAGGGGAAAAUAAUGUGACGCUUUGUAUUUGUUGAGUCACCCUGGUGACGCGUGUUUUGGGUCGUUUCGGGUCCGUGGGGUCGUUUGCUCGGUUUGGCCGGCCGGCCGAUACUUCCUGGUGAUGCUACUGAUGUGGCCGUACAAUUUCGCCCCGUUUCCCAGCGAUGCCACGAAUUGUCGUGAUUCAGGGCCACGGUUUAGAUUCAGGGUUCUGAAUUCAGUACGGACCAAUGUCCACGUUUUCUAAUGAUGUGUCAAUUCAACCAAUUUGGAUCUCUUCUCACGGAGGAUGGGAAGUGCGUUUAAUUGUGCAAGUAAGAAUCGAUUAUUAUUUAAGAUUCCUACAAAUCGUACGUGAACAAGCACAUUUUAUAUUUAGGCGAAUAGGGCGGGGAAAAUAGACGACAAACGAGAUAGAACGAGAAGAAAUAGAAAUCGGGCGUUGAGACGGAAAAAUGAUUGGUUCUUGAAUCAAAUUGCCACCGUGAAAUCGUGACAAAUCGUAAACAUCGCUGUGCGUUUUGGAAUCGUUUGAAUCCGACUGUGAACAAGAUAAGAGCUUUCUCUGUGGCUUUUAUUUUUUUAUUUUAAAUCGUUUUAAUCACUGCGGGGUCAUAUGUUUCAACAAGAGCAUUGUCCAUGGAGUGAAUUCGUGAGAAGAGAGGAAUAAGGGAAUGAGGAUGUGACUUGGGGUUAGGGAUAGAGUUGAGAAGAUGCGCGAUGCCGCAUUGGUCAAUACCAAUUCACCUGCACGACACACGCAUUGGGGAAUGACGUGCUCCGAUUCACACACACGCAGCAGCAGCAGUGCUCAAAGAACAAGGCGACCCGAGUUGGAUUCCUGCCCACUGCUGACAUCAGCGGGAAGAUUGAUAUUUAAACGAAGCCCUUGGGUCUCCCCUCCUUCACCAACACGUACUGAUCGGCAUGGUGAAGUGUGGUCAAAACAACCCCAGGGUGGUCAUCCUUGCAGAUGAGACUAUCCCUGGUCUCUGGAGUUCGCGCGCCUGCUCAAAAUACUUUUAAUAAAACCCCUCAAACCGGCACUGUCUGGGGAUGGCUUCACCCAGCAGUGGCGGUUGACAGAGGCCCGGUAAACAAAUUAAAACAUUACAAAUGCCACAUGCAGUGCGUCCAUGUGACCACUUGAGCCGUUAAGUUGACCAGAGUGUCGUUAAACAGAAACACAACAAACGGCCCGUAGUGGAUUCUGCAAUUGGAUCGCAAACUCGACUCGCGACAAUUGUUCAAACUGUUUCACCUCUUAUUGACGUGGGAAAAUGGUGGCGUGCGCGUGGCAGCGAUGACCUCAAGUGCACUGCUGAAAAGUCGCAGCCCCCCCCCCCCCAACCAGGCACCUGACCCGCCGCGUCGCCACCGCCACCAAUGUUUUACAUUGUCACGGGGAAUUAUUUUCUCCGUUGUUUUGCAUUGUCGUGUGGAAUUUUUCCUCCGGGUCGUCCCCUUGGGGUUUUUUUUUUACCAUCCGCGUUUAGAAAUGGGCGUGCGUUUCGAUUACUUAGCAACUGCUGCUAUAUAUUGCCACUUAAUGAUAAGUCACUAAGUUGAGCUAUCAUUUGUGAUGGCCACGUCGCUUGUGACAAAAGAAGCUUCGGUGGGCUUCAGGCGGUGGUCAAAUAAUAAUUGUUUCUAGUUUAUUUAAACAUGUGGCGGACAGGCGUAAAUCCUCGGGUAGACGGUGCCAUCUCAUCCGGAGUUAGUUUCAUGACGACUGCGCAAAGAGGCCUCGCGCGGCUGUGAUUCUGUUGUGGGCGAGUCGACAGCAGUGGUGGUCCUUUUGGAUACUCGGGCCCCACCAAAAGACGCGGAAUUUCCAUCACCUACUCAGGGCUGCACGCAGAAGAUGAGCACCACCUCAUUUGAGCAGGAGGCCAAGUACCCAAAAGCACCAUCUGGUGUCUCAUUUGGUGUCUUCCCCCGACCGCCGUCUCGCGUCAGUGGCGUUGGUGACUCGCUCACCAGGUGAGGGACCGCUCACCUGGUGAGGCACCGCUCACCUGGUGAGGCACCGCACGCCCUCGCUGCCUCUCGCUGCCCCCCACCCUCGGGGAGCGGUGGCGCAGCGGUUAGCGGCUGCGCUAUGAACGCGGCGAUCUGAGUUUCGAUUCCCUAUCGCGACCAAUGACGGUGGCGAAUGUUUGAGCCCUGGGGGGGGGCUCCCUUAGGUCAUCUCGGGGGGGGGGGCUCCCUUAGGUGACCUCAGCAUUGCAGGAGCUGUUGCAGUGCCUAACUCAUCAGCGCUGGAGAUGCAAAAGCGGCCGGGCCGUGGUAUUUUCCCCCCGCUCCCCUCGUGUGCCAUACCGACGGCCUUCGUAGGUGCUACUCGCUAACAGCACUUGCCCUCAACAUUCUGUUAAAGGCUAUACAGGAGUCUUUGUGUAAAUAUGUAAGUGCUGCUGUUACAUUCUUGUUAUGUGACUGUUACACUAUUACGUGAGUGUCACACUCCGUUACGCGAGUGCUGCUGUUCCACUAUUCGCACUGUGACCACUUAAACUGACAAACGAACAAAACGUGAAAAUGGAAUGCGGCAAAGCGCGGAGAUCAGAUCAGGGGUUAGGGUGAGUGUUGGUGAGCAGGCCAAGUCCUCGUUAGUCAGUAUUGGUUGUCGUCAGUGGAGACUUGGUGAGGGGUAACGUUGGUUUGGGUCAGGGUGCACCUCCUCCCCGUUACAAAGAGCGGCCGUUAACAUUUUGCCACAGUGGACGAGAUGUUAACUACCUCGCCUGGUAUGCAGGAGGUCGUGGGUUCGAUCCCAACCCUGACGCCCGCUGCUGUAUAUUUGGAGUUUGCCGUGUCUCUCUCGCUGUGGUCGUGUGAAUUUUUAUCCGGGUCCUCCGGUUUUUCGCUCCACAUUUAGAAACACGCCUCUAGAGGAGGGGUCGGUAAACUAAAUAACAAGGAGGCAAAAAAAAUUUGAUUUUAGUACAAAACUGAAUAUUGUGAGAUCCACAAUGCAAUGUGAAUGCAUGUGCAUCACGUCACGAAGCAGUCUGCGAAGAGAGGGGCAGGUUGUCGAUCCCUGGUUUAGAGUAUUUCGCUGCUAUACAUUCCCACACGAUAAGCCACUUCGUUGAGCUGUCAUUUGCGACCAGGUCGCUUGUGAAAAAGAACCACGUCGUUCAGUGGACCUUACCUGGUAAAAUACACAUAGUUGUUUUUGUUUAGUUUUGCUUCUGGUGGAUUUUCGUUUGCGCUCACACCACUGGUGGUUCGAUCACCGCGGCCCAACUUCAGUUGGUAGCGAGGUCAAAUCACGGCGGCAUCUCCUACUUGGCCCUACAUCCUCUUGGGGGGGUUGACCAAUGAGGCACCACGUGGUGGCAUUUCCACCUCGAGGCUCAAAACUGAGUAGGAGCCGAGCGUCGGCGCCCCCACCAAGUGUGAGAGCACCACCCACUGGGCAUUGUUAAUUGUCGUUGCGCUGGAUAAAUGUGUGCACACGUCCGUCAAGUGUGCCCUCGAAAUCGCCUACAUGGAUACGUACGCACGUUGAACUUUUAAACACAGUUCUAAAGAAAUGCGUUUUUGAAUUCGAUUCAUGCUAUGCCCUGCGUGUAUAUAAUGGCGAGUUUAGGGUGGCCUCUUGGAAAUAAUGUGAAAUAUUUCAAAUGGCAGGAAACGUCACGUGCCAUGCAUUACCAGUUCGUUCUGUACCAGUGCACAGAAACCACCAGAGCAUUGGAUUGUACGUACGUACAUGGAACUUCUUUCGCACCGUACGUAGCCAAGCCUGCUAAUCGGAGGUGCGGUGGGGAAGGACAACACACUAAACGCAAACAAGCAGUUCUCAAGAAAAUAUUUGGUGUGCUGCCGUAUUGACUCGUUAUUUUCACUGCUUCCAGUGGCGUUUUUGCACCUUUCUUUUCCACUGCUUUAAAAAAAACACUCACAAUAUAAAAAAGUAGGAUUGUGAAUGCGCUAAAUUUGUCCACCUUUGAAUUAACAAGGUUUUAAGGAAACCGUUAUACCGGGGCCACCCCACAACCUGAAUGAUCACUGUAUUUCGAGGACACUGCGUGCGUGCGCGCUAGCCAGCCACACACACUUGUACGCGUGUGCGUGAGCCAGGCAGCAACACACGUACACACUCGUGUGUGUGCUAGCCAGCCACACGCACACUCGUACGUAUGUGCACUCACGGGGUGUGCAUGUCGUAAGCAGGGCUCUGAUUCCCAAUCCCAGUGGGGGGCCUUGAACUUUGAUCUUUGGUCUGUAUUGUUGUUACAAACGUUGACCGUCGCGAACUCGUGUGCAUGAACUACUGUUUAACACUCAGUCGGCUUUCGCGACCAUUAUGAUCCAUAAUUGAGGUGUUUUUGGGUUAGAUCGCAUACACACUCACAUUUUAAAUACGGUGGGUUUACUCUCCAACACACAACCGGUGUGCUGAACUAGCAACUAACUGGAAAGUUUUGUUUAAGUGACAAACCUUGGUAAUUGGCUGCGUCAGGUGGUGGCGGGUUUUCCGACAUUCAUAUUUAUGCGACCUAUCCCCUCUCCCCCCAAAAAAAAUAACUUCUGUUGUAGAUGAACUUCUGUGUCGGCAGUGGCAAGCCCCCCAGCGGGGUUGCUGCAUCGAGCCAGCAAGGGCGUUGUUCUCCUUAGGGGGAGUAAACAGUCAAACUUGAUCACUCACAAUCUAUUUUUACCAUCACCCACUGCUGGCUUCAUUGGACCACAUUUUAAAAUGCACUUUUGUUCGCUUUUUUUUCUUUGUUGUUUGUAAAUAUAGUUUGUGGAUCUCCCCCACAGAUGACCGCACGGGUGAACUUAACAAUUUACUUCUCUCAUCCACUCAAUCCACCUGCUUUACACAAGGCCUGGGUUCUGGGCGGGUAAUUUGGUGUUGCUGCACAAGCGCACGUAUUAAAUAGCUCAACAAGUUCACCAAUAAAGAUGGGAUUUCCUAGGCGAGUGACUUUUUAUAGGUUUUCAAGUGAUUCCAGGGCGCUCCUCUCCUAUCCACAUACUUGAUCACACAGGUGUGGACACACACAAUCCACACCUUGCACACCUGCUAGGAAUUGUACAGACGUGUCCACACACAUUCUCCACCAUCUGGGGAGUGUGUCGGGAAAUAUGCUAAGCUGCGCCGAGUGACCGAGCGGACGUGAAACCGCCGAGUCCAGUGAUUGUUGGUAUCAGUGUUAGUGUGUUGGUAUCCGUGCUAGUGUGGGUAUCGGUGUUAGUGUGUUGGUAUCAGCGCUAGUAUUGGUGUCAGUGCUAGUGUGUUGGAGUUUUGGCAAUGAUUUGCACAGGAGUGCCUUACUGUUAUGUCGACUGCUGAGUUGUGUAAGGUGUGUGGCUACCUUUGUCCAUGUGUAUACAUGUGUGUGUGUCGGUAUGUAUGUAUAUGUCCGUGCUUAUAUGCGUGCAUGAGUGUGUGCGAGUGCGCACAUGUGAAGUUUGUGUCUAUUGUAUGUGUUGUGUCUGUGUGUGAGUAUACAGGGUGUUUCACAAAGAUGGACCUGAUUUGAAAUCGCUAUAUCUCUGCAACCACGAACCGCCCAUGAAUUAAACUCUUACCACUUGAGAGGGCGGGGCAUAGAGAGGGUGGGGCAUAGAGUUUCAAAUGAUUACCGCGAGAUGCCUCUUCCAGUGCACAAACAGCCCCUAGCCUCAGUCAUUCGCGAGAUGGUGACCCCCACAACACAAGGGGCGUUUUUCAUUCUGCAGUUCGGCAAGACUGAAUCCGUAAUUGCAGUGCAGAGCGCGUUUUAAUGGCGUUUUGGCAUUGAUCCGCCAAUGUCAAAGAGCAUUCUUCGUUGGAGCCGACAAUUUGAGGAAACAGGCCGUUGAUGUAAGGGGAAGAGCGCAGGGCGACCACGCACCUCAGCGGAAAACGUGAGAAGAGAGGCGUUUGUGACGAAUUCAACUAUCGUCUCGAUGUUGUCCGUACAGCAAGUGGAGGGCACAUCGAGCAUUUAUAAAAUGGUUAGGAAAACUUGAUAACUCAUUAAACCGUUUGUAACAUUUUGUGUAAUUGUAACAUGUUGCCAUCGUGAAAUAUACUGCUUUGAAAUUGGGUUCAUCUUUUUAAAACACACUAUAUACAACUGCCAAACAACAGGGGAUGUCUUAAAACAAUGGAGGGUGUGGGAGCGUGACAGUGUGGGAAGAUGAGUCACAGGCUACUGUGGUCCCACAUUCCCAUCAGCAGAAGGCGAGGAGGAAUGGUGGUUGUGGUGGCUUACAACACCACCGAAGAUGCACAUCAAUGAAGGGAUGCAGACAAGGCUGAUGAUUCAGAUGCCUUCUAUGACCUGUCCCAGGUGCUGGCUAGAGUGGCUCCUCGGGAUAGUCAUCCUGUUGGGUGACUUCAGUGUCCGAGUGGGUCACGAGGCAGGCCCUUACACUGGAGUGGUUGGAAGGCACAGGACAGAUCAGCUCAAUAAGAAUGGUGGGAGGCUGCUGCUCUUUUCCGCUCGCCAUGGGUUUGUGAGCACCAACUCGCCGUUACACUCUUGGCCCAUCCACACAACAUGGAUGCACGCCA